UGAUUGGCUCCUUGCCGCCUCACUCGCGGUUUUUCCCGCAACAAACAAGUGUGGAAGUUGGUAGGAGAGGCAGGACUUUUUUAAGCUGCCAAAAUGCCGAAACGAGCGUGUCCUUUUCCCGAAACCUUCUCGUCCCAAUACAAAAUACACAUCGGACAACAGGAACUGAAUAAUUACGGCGUGUUUGGGAACAAGAACAGACAAGAAAUCUACGAAAAGACAAAGAACUUGCUCUUUAACGGAGCCAAGGCUGUGAUGGGCAAAAUAUGGACUGGAGAGGAGAAGUGCACAGAGCCGCAGCCAACUGGACAAGCUGAGACACCUGCAUGCAGCCAGGCACUGUUGCGAGGACAGACACUGAUUGGACAUGAUGGGAGACUGACAAGGGUGAACGCCGCUCAAGGUGCACCAGUGGCUGCUGCAGGCUGCUGUGUGUGUCAGAAAAGCCAAGGGGCCAGGACGCCAUGCUCCCAAUGUGACCGUCCAGCGUGUUCCUCCUGUACCCGACAGUGCUCAAGCUGCUCCAGCCUCUGCUGCUCUGUCUGCACCAUCAUAGAUUACAGUGGGCGAUAUGAUGAAGUACUGUGCUGCGGUUGCUCGACGUAAAGGAUGAACAGGGAUGAAAGAGGGGAACAGGAGUUUAUGCUUGAAUAUACUGUAUAUGUGGUUGCCUGACAUGAGAUAUUACUAAGACUGCAUUUUAUAC